CAAAAGAAAAUAUUCACUCUGUCCAACCAAGUACUCAACACUUGAAAGCACUAAACAGUAUAUCCCAUUCAGCCUCAUUGCAGAAGAAGAAGAUGGAGGGGUCUCGAGUCUCAGAGUCAGAGGGUCACCCCUACGUCCCACGUGACUUGCACCUUCCUGGCUACGUUCCUUGCUUCCUUUCCGUCUCUAACAUUCUAUCUGUCUAUGUCUUCUCUUCUCUCCUCCUUCUCUCUCUCGUCUGGAUCUUCUCAGGACGCCUUAUGAAAACCACAGUCGAUAGACUGCUGAUGUGCUGGUUGGCCUUCACAGGCCUCACACACACGAUUAUUGAGGGUUAUUUUGUUUUCUCACCUGAGUUUUUCAAGGAUAGGAAUGGCUUCUACCUGGCUGAAGUUUGGAAGGAAUAUAGCAAAGCGGAUUCAAGGUAUGCAGGAAGGAAUGCUGCAGUAGUUGGUUUUGAGGGCCCAACAGCUGUUUUUGUGGGUCCAGCUUGCCUUCUAGCAGUAUAUGCAAUUGCAACUGAGAAGUCAUAUAGCUACAUACUUCAGUUUUCCGUUUCUUUGGGCCAACUAUACGGAAUUGCUGUUUAUUAUAUAACAGGAAUCUUGGAAGGUGAUGAUUUUUCUGCAAGUUUGUUUUACUAUUAUGCAUACUAUAUUCUAGCAAAUUCCCCCUGGAUUGUAAUACCCUCAAUCGUUGCCAUCCGCUGCUGGAGGAAGAUCUGUGCAGCAUUCUGAGUUCAAGGAGGCCAGAAAAAGAAGCCUAAACUUCGUUGAUGCAGACCUUUUCAGGUUAUUGGUUUUAAAGAUCCUGCGCUAAUAAUGAUGUUUUAGGGUGGUUGAGAUAGGAGAUAUUGUUUCAAGAAUUGUGUCAAUUUACUCUCUUAAACUUCAAAUCUCAGGGAGGAGAAAAAAAUCCAACUGUCAUUUGAGAAGUUCAUGUUUUUAAGUUUUGAACAAGUAUUCUCCUAUCAUUGAUUUGAAAUUGAAUGGUACAUGCUAGAAUAUAGACACUAUUGCUUUUGCUCUU